ACAAUGACAUCACAGUGUUAUCUAGACAGUGCGCAGGCAGGCAGGCUAGCAGCAGGCUGUUCUUCCUCUGGAGAGCUCUCCCCUGCUACACCACGACAGACUGCUACGGCUGAAGAGAAACGUGUCUCAACUUUUACUUCUGUCGUAUCAAACAUGGAUGGUUUCCAAACAAUCCUGAAAUUCUUCAUGAACCAGAAAACUGCUAUAGGUUACAGUUUUAUGGCACUGCUGACAAUGGGAGGGGAACGUGUGUUUUCUUUUGUUGCUUUCAGAUGCCCCUGCAGCAAUGAAAACUUCAGGUACGGUUUGGUAUUUCUCUUCUCCCCAGCUUUUGUUUUGCUAGUUAUUGGAUAUUUCCUGAACAGCAAUACCUGGAAACUCUUUACAGGCUGCUGGGUGAAUCCCAGAAAAAUAUUCCCCAGAGGGAAUACCUGCCAUUUCUUCUACGUCUUUGGACAAAUCACUCUAAAUGCUCUGGUAGCCCCAGUGAUGUGGCUUUCUGUGGCUUUGCUCAACGGGACUUUUUAUCAGUGUGCCAUGAGUGGCUUGAAAAAUCCUGCCUACUUACAUGCAGUUUGCCACAGCAAAUCUGCAAAGUGCUUUGAAGAGCUACAUAAGGUAGCCUGUGACAAAAGCUCCAUGCCCUUUUCAGAGAGUGACGAACUGAAACAAACUCUUCAGGCACAGUCCCAGAUUUUAGGUUGGUGUGUGAUAGUUACCACAGCUCUUCUCUCCCUGCUAAUCACUUGCUGUGCCAGCUGCCAGUCGAAAGUCAGUCACCUCCAGCUGAAGUUCUGGAGGGUAUAUGUGGAGAAGGAGAAGGAGCAACUGGAGCAGAUUUUCCAGCUGUAUGCCACCAAGCUGAGCGACAGAAACCUGAAGUGUUUUUUUGAGAACAAGGAACCAGAAAUUAUUCCCCUGCCAGCUUUUCAGGCAUGGGAAGAUGCUUCCCAACUCUAUUCUUUCAGCAGUAGCAAACAGCAUUACAGCACAAUUCACAGGCUAGUUGAAGAACGCCAGAAAGGAACCAAUGAGGAAAGAGAGACAAUCCUGGAUGUGGUAGACAGAAGGGAAAUACCAUAGAUAAAAUAUGUUUUCUAAUUGUUUAUACCUUGCUAAUAUAGCAUACUUCUAGCUGGUUUAAUCUCUAUAUUUUUUUUCACAAAGCCCCUUUCUUCUUCUUCAAAUUCUCUCCCAGUUACAAACUUGCUCCAAAAGGAUGGAAUGAAAUUAUUUCCCUAUAUCAGUGAAAAGGCUGCAGUCCUCCCUGGCACCUAGGGUUCAUGCUCCACUAAUGUUGCUGGCUCCAGAUCAAGAGCUGACAGGAAAAAGAGAUGAAUAAUGACUUCUACAAGAAGGUUGUAACAAUAUCCCAUGUAAAAGGUGCUGUCAUAUGCUCAUCCUGUAUAAAUCAAGAGACUAUCAUAAAAUAAUACCAUUUAAAAGGUUUGACUGUAAUAAUAGAAGAAGUGUGUGGUUUUCUGACAGCACACAAAAAGUGAAGGUUUUGCUUCCAUGUAAUUUCUAGGCCAUUUGCAGGUAUAUCAUUGUUUUGAGGCACCAGUUGUCACUAAAGGCAUCUCAGUGUCUUUGGAGUCCUGUUGCACCUAGAACACCAUGGACAGUCACAGUCAUAAGCCCUGGUCAUCUAGUCCAUGAGACAUCUGCCUGGGGCACGGGGUAGUGACCUCCACUGAAAGUGAGAUGCCAGGUAAUCUUUUAGACAAAUCUUACAGCUAAAGUGUAGAGUGCCAAGAAUUGAAAUUGCCAAAUGGUUCCACAUUUUUGUGUUUUUGUUAAGGAAUAACAUGACAUUUUGAGACAUAAGUUGUUGUUAGUGCUUCGUUACAAUAGUGAAAUGCAUCACUGAUAUUUUGCCUCUGUAGGGUACUUGGUACUAUCAUCUCCCACUGAAAAUUUCUCUUUGUACAGGUAUAAAGCCCCUGUUUUUAGUGGGUUUUGGACACUAAGUGCAGCCUGUAGAGCUAUGCAUUAUUGUUUGUACUGGGCUUGCAGUCAGUGUAUAACAAAGGCCUGGAAGAAAAUUCCACAUUUUAAGACAAUAUUUUUACAACAGACUGAUUUUCAUUUUUCUGAGUAUCUUAGGAAAGUUAAUGUCUGGAGCAAGAGGACCCAGCAGGCAAUGCAGAUGACUGCACAAUCACUGCUCCUGACAAAUGGGUUUCACCCCAGAGCCACAUGCUUUACCUCACCCACUUGGAAUUCACCACGUGGCUCUCUUAUAGGGUGUCUAGAGUCUUGCAAACACUGUAUAAAAGGAGAACAAAGUUUCUGCCAAGUUUUUUUCCCUGGGGUGAUUGGGCAGGCCUUUAUGUAGCAUUUUACUGCCGUUCUCCCUGAGUCUGCAAUGAACCCUAUUUUUGCUCUGCUUGAAUCAGGCUCUUACCAACAAACCAGGGUACUCUGCCCAUCUGUUCUUAUACUCAUUGUCCUUCUUCAGUAGAAAAAAAAAAUCUAUCUGCAUUUACAGACCAUCACUCUUUUUAAAAAUAAAAAGAGCUCAUUCCAAGAGCUAAUGCCACUGUCUGCUUACAAUUUUCUGUGUGUUUUGAAGAACCUGUGGUCUUUAAGCAAAUGUUUCAAAAGCUUUUUAACCCAGCUGACCCGCUUUGCAGCAGAUUUAGAGGUUAUAUGUACCUGCUGCAGCUUAAAGCACAGAGGCAACACUGUCAAGAUGGAAGGCACAGCAGCAUGCAUAUCUGACACCUUAUCUGGCACUUACGCAUUUUUCUUUCUGGCUUCCUCUCGUGGUAUAGCGACUACCUACUUCCAGGGUAGAUGUCUCUUCCCAUUUGUUCUGCUUUUCUCUUUCUUUAUGAGAGAUGCCCCAACAUUUAUUGCCCAGCCCCAUCUCACCUGCUCACUACACACAUGGGGAGAGGAGCCAUUACCUAGCAGGAUGUCCCCACUGUCUGGGCAAAACUUCUCUUCCCAGAGCUGUCUUUCCACCUUCCUCACCGAGGCAACAGAAAAUCAAAGCAAUGAGGAAUCCAAAGGGGGGGACACUAAGUAGGUUAAUGAGCUGAUCAAGGAAUAUAGGAAACAAGUAGGUUGGUGUAAGGAUGAGCUCUCCACUGUGAUAUAAGAGCUGGGACACAGAGGCAAAAGCAUAGCUGGUGGAGGGAAACGUGGGAGGACAGAGGGAUCCCACUUCAGACUUUUGACAUGCUCAUUUUCCUCAGAAGAGAGCUCAAAGCGCUGCACCUGAGUAGCCAGGACCAUCUGAAACAGAAGUGUUGCCCAGCUCCCUUAUAAUGAAGAGGAAAAAACAAGGUGCAUUCUUCUCUCCUCAUCCUUACCCUGCUCCACAUUCACAGGUAAUUCAUUUUGAGAGUGUUUCCACCUCCAAGAACAGCUGCUGAACACUCGGUGCUGCAACAUGUGUCUGGUCUAAGCCUAAGCUUCUCACUGACUCUCAUUCCCAGGGCUGUGUUACUCUGUGUUGUCUUACCAAAAACGCUGUGAUUUAAUGCAAUUCCUGUAUGGAUGCUGGAACACUUUUAUAAAAACUGACAAAAAUAAAAGCCAGU